AUGGAAUUAAAAUCAAUUUUUCACCGAAUCAUCUCAUUUUUCUUAGGUAAAAUAUGUCAACGUAGUUUUAAAACAACAGUUGGACAUUUAACUGGCUAUAAUUCCCAUCCAAGAUCUGUGACCACUGGUGAUAUGAACAAUGAUACACAACUCGAUAUUGUGGUUGCCAAUUCAGGUACAGAUAAUGUCAGAAUCUUGUACGGAUAUGGUAAUAGCACUUUUGCAAGUCAAAUAACGUAUUCAACUGGAUCUAGAUCUCAGCCAUAUUCGGUUGCUGUCGGUGACUUUAAGAGGGACCAUCUACUCGAUAUCGAGGUUGCCAAUUAUGGAACUAAUAGCAUUGGCAUACUUCUGCCAAAUGGUAACGGAAGCUUUACUAGUGCAAGACUAUUUUCACUUGGUUCCUCGCGUCCAGUGUCGAUCGUUAUUGCUGAUUUCAACAAUGACAAUAUAUUGGAUCUUGCCACUGCUAAUUAUGAUACCAGCAAUGUAGGCGUUCUUCUUGGUUAUGAAGAUGGAUCUUUUGGUAUCCACAUGACAUACUCCACUGGUUAUGAUUCCCUUCCAUACUCUGUCGCCGUCGGUGAUUUCAAUCGUGAUAAUCGACCAGAUAUUGCAGUCAUUAAUUCUGGAACCAGCAACGUAGGUAUUUUUCUUGGACAUGGUAAUGGAUCUUUUGGAAUUCAAGUGACAUUUUCACCUGGCUAUCAUUCUGUUCCAUACUCUGUGGCGACUACGGAUGUUAACAGCGACGAUCAACUUGAUAUUAUUGUCGCUAAUUACGGUUCUAGCAGUAUUGGUGUGCUGCUGAGAUAUGGUAAUGGGACUUUGGGAAUGGUAAGAACGUAUUUUCUUAACUCUGAAUCUCAUCCGAGUUCGGUUGUCGUUGGUGAUUUCAACGAAGACAAUGAAAUGGAUAUUGCUGUAGCUAACUCUAACCAUGAAACAGUAGUUUUAUUAAGUGGAUUCAAAAAUGGAACUGUUAUUAGUCAAGAGAAGUAUUCAACAGGUUUUGGAUCUAAACCAUCGUCGAUCGCUGUAGGUGAUUUCAACAAUGAUCAUCAUUUGGAUAUUGCUGUAGCCAACAGGGAUAGUAACAAUAUAGAUGUAUUUCUUCGAUAUAUUUAUAAACCCUUUACAAAGCAAACGAUGUAUUCAACUGAAAAGGAUUCUCAACCGCGGUUGAUCGCUCUUGGUGAUUUCAACAACGAUAGUCAAGUAGAUUUUGCUGUUGCAAAUUACGACUCGGACGAAGUAGUCAUUUUUCUUGGAUACGGGAACGGUACUUUCGGAAAAGCAAUGAAAUAUUCAAGUGAAAUAGAAUCAUCUCCCAAAUCAAUUGCAGUUGGUGAUUUUAAUAACGACAAUUGGCUUGAUAUUGCCGUUGCCCAUUACAGCCCUUAUAAUCUAGCUCUUCUUAUUGGAUAUGGAAAUGAAACGUUCGAAAAAAUAUCACAAUAUUUAAAUGAAGACGAGUCAGGUUUACUGUGGAUCAUUGCUGGCGAUUUCAACAACGACAAACAAAUUGAUAUCGCUUGUGUUAAUUAUCCUACUAGUGAUGUUGUUAUACUUCUUGGAAAUGGGAAUGGGACGUUCAGAAAUGGAACUUUAUAUUCCACUGGAAAAGGUAUUUUUGCUCGCUCAAUAACAGUUGGUGAUUUUAACAACGGCAAUCAAUUGGAUAUUGCUACUGCCAAUUAUGGCACUAAUAGCAUAGGUGUUUUGUUUGGAUAUGAAAAUGGAACAUUUGCAGCAGUUACGACGUAUGCUAUGGGAGAUGGUUUUCAACCGUUGAUGAUUGCCCCUGGCUAUUUCAAUAACAAUAGUUGGUUAGAUAUCGCUAUCGUUUAUCCGGAAAUAGACCAGAUAGGUUUGCUUCUCGGACUUGAUUACACAUAUGUUGUCAGUACAGCAUCUUACCCAACUGGCUCUGGUUCUCACCCAUACUCAAUCUCGAUUAGUGACUUUAAUAAUGAUGGUACACUAGACAUGGCCAUUACCAAUACAGGACAUGAAAACAUAGGUGUUCGUCUCGGAUAUGACAAUGGAACGUUUGCACUUGAAACAACAUAUUUCAUCGGAUCUGGUUCCCGUCCACAAUACGUCACUGUUGGUGAUUUCAACAUGGACAAUAAAAUAGACAUUGCUACGGCCAAUAGUGGUAAUGACACGAUAAGUAUUUUGUAUGUGUAUAGUGAUGAAACGUCUUGGAGACGAGAGACUUAUUCAACUGGAGAUGGAUCUCAACCUUCUUCACUCGCCAUUGGAGAUUUUAACAACGACACCCGAUCAGAUAUUGUCGUUACCAAUCCAGGCACCAACAGUGUAGGUGUUUUUCUUUCUUUUAACUAUGUAACCUUUGGACAUGAAACGAUAUAUUCAACUGGCUUUACUGCCGCAUCAUAUUCAUUGGCUAUCGGCGAUUUCAACCACGAUAAUCAAUCAGACAUAGUCGUGGUCAAUAGUGAGAGAGCCAAUAUCGGUGUUUUUCUUGGGUAUAAGAAUGGAACUUUUUCGACACAAACAAAGUAUUCAACUGGUUCUAAAUCUAAGCCGCAGUACGUUGCUAUUGGUGAUUUCAAUAAUGAUGAUCAUUUAGACAUCGUUGUCGUGAAUAAUGAUAAGGCAAAUAUUGGUAUCUUCCUCGGUUAUGGAAAUGGGACUUUUGCCGGUCAAACAGCGUAUUCAACUGGUUCUAAAUCCGAUCCAUACUAUGUUGCUAUUGGUGAUUUCGAUCACGAUACAAAUCAAGAUAUCGUCGUCGCACAGUAUGGCACACACAACAUAGGAAUCUUCCUUGGAUAUGGUGAUGGAAAUUUUUCGACACCAUCGAUAUAUUCAACGGGUGCUGAGUCUAAGCCAGCAUCUGUCACUACCGGUGAUCUCAACAAUGACAGUCACUUGGACAUCAUCGUCGCUAAUUACGGCAAAGAUAAUAUCGGUGUUCUUUUUGGCUAUGGAAAUGCAACUUUUUCAGCACUAACGAUGUAUUCAACAGAUGCUGGUUCUAAUCCAGUGUGUGUCACCGUUAUUGAUAUUAAUAAUGAUGAUCAACUCGAUAUCGUCGUUGUGAAUGAGGGUACAUACAACAUAGGUAUUUUUUUAGGUUAUGGCAAUGGAACUUUUGGAAGUCAAAAGACGUAUUCGACUGGAAGUGGUGCUUUAUCGUUCAGUGUCGCCGUUGCUGAUCUAAACAAUGACAAUCGACUCGAUAUUGUCUCUGUCAACUUUGGCAGUAAUAAUAUAGGUGUGUUUUUUGGAUAUGGUGAUGGGAGUUUUACGGACCAACUGACAUUCUCAACAGGAGACGGUUCUGGUCCGAGUGGAGUUGUUAUAGCUGAUUUCAAUAAUGACAAUCUAUUAGAUAUGGCUAUCGCAAAUUGGGGAGCUGACAAUAUGCUAAUACUUUUUCAAUAUGGUCAUCAACCUUUUCUCAAUCAAAUGACUCAUUUUACUGGAAAUUAUUCUCGACCGUAUUCGGUUGCCGUUGGUGAUUUUAACGAAGAUCGUCAAUUAGAUAUUGUCGUUGCUAAUUAUGAUAUUGAUAAUGUUGUCAUACUUCUUGGUUCUAGAAAUGGAACUUUUCAAAAUGAAAUGACAUAUUCAACUGGCUUCAAAUCUGGUCCAUGUUCAGUUGCUGUUGGUGAUUUCAAUGGUGACGAUCACUUAGUUAUCGUCGUCGCUAAUUCGCUUACCAAUAAUAUAGGUAUUCUUCUUGGAUCUGGUAACGCAACAUUUACCGUCAGAAAUUCAUAUUCAACUGGAGAUGAUUCUCGUCCGAAGAUGGUCUCAGUAUGUGAUGUGAAUAACGAUAAUCAAUUAGAUAUCGUAGUCGUCAAUUCUGGCAGUAGCAAUAUUCUUGUCUUUUUCGGAUAUGGCAACGGAACUUUUGGAGAUAUGCAUUCCUAUUUGAUGGGUUAUGAUAGUCGUCCAUACUCGGUAGCUGUUGGCGAUUUUAAUAACGAUAGUUGGAUAGAUAUGGCUGUUACAAAUUAUGGUACUGAUAAUGUAGAAAUUAUUUUGCAAACAUGUUAA